AUGAGUAAUACAGGGGAACAAUUGACUCUAGCGAGAGAUAUAAAAAGGGCGAUAGAAUUAUUGGAAAAACUACAACAAAGUGGUGAAGUUCCAGCUACAAAAUUAGCUGCAUUGCAAAAAGUGUUACAAAGUGAUUUUUUAAAUGCUGUUCGGGAAGUUUAUGAGCAUGUUUAUGAAACAGUUGAUAUUCAAGGAUCGGCUGAUAUUCGUGCUUCAGCAACAGCUAAAGCAACGGUGGCUGCCUUCGCUGCGGCAGAAGGCCACGCUCACCCUCGAGUAGUUGAACUUCCUAAGACUGAAGAAGGCCUUGGAUUUAAUGUAAUGGGUGGUAAAGAACAGAAUUCUCCCAUAUACAUAUCUAGAAUCAUACCUGGUGGAGUUGCAGACCGCCAUGGAGGAUUAAAGAGGGGUGAUCAGCUACUUUCUGUAAAUGGUGUAUCUGUAGAAGGCGAGAAUCACGAAAAAGCUGUAGAACUUUUAAAGCAAGCUGUAGGAUCCGUUAAGCUUGUAGUUCGAUAUACACCAAAAGUGUUGGAAGAAAUGGAAAUGAGAUUUGACAAGCAGAGAACAACAAGGAGGCGUACAAACUUUAAU